AUGAACAACCCAGUAGCUGAAAAUGUGCUCGGCACACUCGGUGCGGUUUGCUGGUCAAUUCAGCUCCUCCCUCAAAUCAUAAUCAACUACAGAAGACAUGACACAGAAGGCCUCCAAGGCUCAAUGAUGCUACUAUGGGCCUCAGCAGGCGUACCACUAGGCGUAUACAACAUCGUCGAAGAAUUCAAUAUCGCGCUUCGGGUUCAGCCUCAGAUAUUGACAACGCUGAGUUUAAUCACCUGGGCUCAGUGUUUGUAUUAUGGCAAGAAAUACUCCAUUAUGAAAUGCACUGCCGCGGCAACCUCCCUGCUUCUGAUACUAGGUGGGAUCGAAGUAGGACUUGUUUUUGCUCUGCGCGCCGCAAAGGAUCGGAGCCUAGAAUGGCCUCUUAUCCUGAUGGCUGUUUUGAGUGCUUGUCUUCUUGCUGCGGGUGUGCUGAGACAUUAUUGGGAUAUCUAUAUACAUCGGACUGUUAGGGGAAUCAGUUUUAUUUUUGUUGGUAUUGAUGCAGCUGGGGAUUUGUUUUCCCUCGUGUCUGUUUUAUUCGCGAAGUCUAUCGACAUUCUAGGGAUCAUCAUCUAUGGCACAGAAUUGGGAUUGUGGAUUGGGAUCUUUAUCUGUGGAUGUGUUUUCAAUCUGUUUCCUUGGAUCAAGAAAAGAUCCAGUAAGCGCGCUCAAGAGCGAGAGCCGGUUUCUCUACAUCCCAUGCCGUCGUCGACUUCUGUGUUCAGGACUGCUUCUGGAUCUCAGGUCGUAGAAAGAAGGGCAUGGCAGAAUUCCUCAUGA